UGUCAUUGGUCUGUGCUUUUCAACAGAAAUUAUGAAGGGAACAUGAGGAGGUGUCCUCUAACAUCACACCGCUGCUAUGCACUCAUAAGACAACAUCACAAAAAACAUAUUCUACAGAGGAACUCGGUGCACACGAAAGUGCACACAAGAAAGGCUGUGUCUGAUCUGAGCAGGAAUGGUGGGUUAUGAUCCAAACUCCCCCGCCGCGGCUCUCACCCCAGAGGAAGCUGCUCUGGCCGGGUCAGUGGCAGGCACGGUCACCCGAGCCCUCAUCAGCCCUCUGGAUGUUAUCAAAAUCAGGUUUCAGUUGCAGAUCGAGCAGGUGUCCUGGAGGAAUCGUCAAGGGAAGUACUGGGGUUUAUGGCAGGCCACACGCUGUAUUAUGACUGAAGAAGGACUUCCUGCUUUCUGGAAAGGUCACAUUCCUGCCCAGCUACUGUCUGUGUGUUAUGGGGCAGUUCAGUUUGCGAGUUUUGAAGCCUUAACAGAGCUGGUCCAUAAGCAGACAGCCUAUAACAGCCAGACACCAGGAGUACAUUUCAUCUGUGGCGGUUUGGCCGCCUGCUCCGCCACCGUCGCCUGCCAGCCGCUGGAUACCCUCCGCACACGCUUCGCUGCUCAGGGCGAACCCAAGAUAUAUCGUAACCUCAGACAUGCCGUAGCCACAAUGUUCCGCACAGAGGGGCCCUUCACCUUCUACAGGGGCCUCACACCUACCCUAGUGGCUGUGUUUCCUUAUGCAGGGCUGCAGUUUUUCUUUUAUAAUGUCCUGAAGAAAUCUCUAGAGUCCAAGGACACGAAAUCUAAAGGAGGUUUACACAGUCUAAUCAGUGGUAGUUGUGCUGGAGUCAUCAGUAAAACCAUCACGUAUCCGUUUGACCUGACUAAAAAGAGACUUCAAGUGGGUGGAUUUGAAGAAGCCCGGAUGAAGUUCGGACAGGUGCGAACGUAUUAUGGAUUUGUAGACUGUGUGGUGAGGAUCAGCAGAGAGGAAGGGCUCCGAGGUUUUUUUAAGGGCCUUUCCCCCAGUAUCCUGAAGGCUGCGGUGUCUACAGGCUUCACCUUUUUCUGGUACGAGUUCUUCGUCAAUGUCAUUGUCAGCCUCAAGAGCAGUUAGUGAGCACUGAGAGAAGCCUUCCAGACAUACUUGAGAAACAUUUUAGAUCAUCAGAUGGUACUCAACAUGUGUUUUAUGGUGUGUAGAUGUACAUAAAGAGGAACCAGUAGCUGCUCUCAAAAUACAGGCACUGAGUGAGGAUCUGUGCCUCUGAUGCUCUGCUAAAGCCUUGAACUGAACAAUCAGACGAAAUGUACGUGUUUACGUGUAACAGUGAGCUCUGCCUCCUGUCUCUCUCGACUGGAGACUUGAAAACCACUGUUACAUAUAUUAAGAUUUUAAGUUUUGUCAUAAUGUUUUGGUUUGCACUCUGCAUUAGGGUCUGUUUUAUUGUUUUUAUACAUAACACUGGAAAUCAGAAUGUUUUGGCUUUUAAGUUUUUGUGGUUUUGCAUUUCACAAAUAUUUAAACUAUACUCAAUAUGGUGCAUGAACUAUUCAGUCAUCUGGUUUCUACAAAUAGUUUCAUUUCAGGUUUUAUGUUGUUUUUAAUGUGUUUUACGUCAUUGUUCAGGUUUUUAAAUGGUGAAUGGUCAAAUAUUUUAUGGAUUGCAUUUUUAAAAAUGUUAUGUUCCAUAUUAACGAUAGAGGAAGAUUGUUUGAAAUAGUUACUCUGAUAUUUAUGCCCAUAUUUAUGUAUUUUUGUUAUUGUUAUUGUGCUUUCUCUCUGACAUCAGUACAAACUGGUUUUACCUCUGUCCAAAAACACAUAUCUAUCAUAUUACAAAAAUGUAUGGCAAACAAAUGAGUGACGUAAGAUAAAAAGCUAUUUUUCUAAUAAAGUUAUUUUAUUUUGAUGGUC